GCUGCGGCGUGGGGGAAGGAGUGAAAGAAGAAGAGGAGAGCGCAGCGCCAGCCCUAUUUCGGCCGGUGAGACCGCUCCGCCCGCGGCCUUCUCCCCGCGUCCUCCCGACAGCCGGCCCGGGCUGUGCAGCCCCGCGCUCGUCAGCGGCGCUGCCAGCGGCGCCGUUCCCGCCUCGGCCGUGAGGGGGACGCCCCGCGGGGCGGCUGUGCCCGCGCUCUCCGGCCCUCCUCAGUUGUUUUGCCCGUCUGUUAAUAUGGCUGUUUCGUAUUGGACACGUCUAAAAUACCCCAAACUAAUUGAUAUUUGCAGGACACGUGGGGAAAGAACAGCAACCUGCCUCUUCAAGACUUCUUAGAGCCUGAAAUUUAAUCAGAGUGUUGGUGCAUUUUGGUUCCAGAAUGAUGACUACUCCAGAAGAUGUCAGGAAGAAACAAACUUACACCAGUGUACACGAGGCAGUGAAAGCUGGUGAUGUGGAACAGCUUGCAUUAAUGAUAAAACGUGGAGCCUCUAUCGACGAGGUGGAUUUAGUCCACAAGUUCACACCAUUGCACUGUGCUGCACACUCUGGAAGCUUGGAGUGCCUCCACUGGUUGCUCUGGCAUGGCGCUGAUGUGACACAUGUGACAGUCAGAGGCUGGACAGCAGCUCACCUUGCAGCGAUUCGUGGGCAGGAUGCUUGCAUGCAGGCUUUGUUAAUAAAUGGAGCAAACCUAGAAGCUCGAGAUGACCGUGGGUGCACUCCGUCGCACCUGGCUGCAGCCCACGGGCAGUCGUACACAUUGCAAACCAUACUGCGAAGUGGAGCGGUGAGAGACUUCUACCUGCAGUUCCCUAGUGCAGAGCCAGAGUCUGGUAUCCUUUUCCAUACCAAGCCCUCACUAACUGAGAAUGCAAACGCUGCAGACAGGAAUGACUGGAAGCCUGUUCAUUAUGCUGCUUUUCAUGGUCGCUUGGGCUGUUUGCAGCUUCUUGUUAGAUGGGGAGCAUGCAUAGAUGAUGUGGAUACUGAUGGAAACCUUCCAGCUCAUUUGGCAGCAGUGGAAGGACACCUGCAUUGCUUUAAGUUCCUGGUCAGUAAAAUGGCCAGUGUCAUGCACACACUGAAAGCCAGGAAUGACCAUGGAGAGACUCCAAGGGACUUGGCUGAGAGGUUCUAUAAAGACAAUAUUCUGCAAUAUAUCGACAGUGUGGAAAAAGAGGGGGAGCAUCCAGAGACACAGGAAGUUUUAGCUUUCCCAGCCCAUGAUGCUGCUUUCAGAGGGGACUUGUUAGUACUCAGAAGAUUAGUGAGAUGUGGAGUAAUCAAUAUUAAUGAGCGGGAUGAUAAGGGAUCCACUCUCAUGCACAAAGCUGCAGGACAAGGGCACAUCCAUUGCUUACAGUGGUUGAUUGAAAUGGGAGCUGACUGUGACAUUACAGAUGAUGCUGGAGAGACUCCAAAGGAUGUAGCCAAGAGAUUUGCCCAGCUAGCAGCUGUGGAACUUUUGACCCAAAGAACUGGAGACAGUAACUCUGGUGAUGAAGAACUGGAUGCAAGCAACAUAAAGUUUUUUGAAAGACAUGGUGUGGAAGGCAGUACAGAUAGCAAAGAAGACUUAAUCCUGGAUAAAGUAGAGAAAAUGAACGCGCGCAUAAGGGCCUAUCACAGGAUUCAGGAACUUCAGCAACUUCUGGAAAUUGCCUACAGCAACUACAGACAGCUGGGAGGAAUAACUGAGGAGGAGAGGAAGAUGAAAAAAGAUGAAAAGGAGUUUGAGAAGGCCUUGACGGAGCUGGAGGCGCAGCUGGAAUCCGAGCGAGUCAGGAGGGAAAAGCUGGAGAGCCAGCUGGAUGCCUGCCGCGCCGAGAUCGGCCGCCUCAGGGAGAGCCGGGAGAGAGCCCACAGCCCUGCUGCUCUGCCUCUGGAACCUGAACCCAUCUCCAUUUCCUGCAAAGAGAAAAAGAAAGUGAAGAAGAAUCCACCCCGCAGCCAUGGAGGAGUGUUUGUGAGGCUGCGCUGAGGAAGGAGCCUCAGACACAAGGCUGGCAGGCUGAGGAUGCAGAAUGGCAAUAUCCACAGCGCAAAGCAUUUGUAGAGCCCAAUUCUGCAGAUGAGCUGUGGUUCAUCAAACUGUUUUCCUACUUCUCUGGGACAGAAAAGAUUUCUAAAUCACUGUAGCAGGAAAACAAAACAGAACAAAACAAAGUUUAGCAAGAGCUUUGCAAAUUGGAACAUUCCAAAAUUCAACUGCAGCAAUGUCAUAGGCCCUCGGCUAUGAAAAAGCUAUCCUCACCUACUAGUCUGCUUGGUAUUACUGCCUUGAAACAGACAAAAAAAGAAGAAAGCCCCUUACUUCAGCCAGGACCUACAGGGUAUGGACACAAAGAACAGCAUAUGGGGUAAGUCCUUGUGGAACAGCAGCUAGAUGCCAGGCAAAUGACUUUUCAUCUCCAGCCAGUCUGUGCAGGCCACAGAAUAGCUGUCAUGCAUAAAACUUUCACUGUUUUAAUUCCAAUCAUAAAUUCUUGUAUUAUAAAGCUUAAUUUCCUAGUGCCUGAAUCCUGAUUUGUCCUCUCCUUUGCUACCCAGAGAAGCUUAAUUGCAGUAAGUUUCAAAGUUAGUGAAAAACUCUGUUUUUGUGUGCGUAUGCAAUAGGUGGGGGGCACGUAUAGUAACGGCGUAAGCCUUGUGUCAGACAAAGAGAAAUCCAGAAUCUGGAUCAUAAGGGUGGUGUGGAGCUGCCAUGGAUGAAAUUUGGUCCAUCGCUCUUGGUGCUGUUCUGAUGUAGGAACAGUGCCAAAGAUCGACCUGCAUCUUGCAGAGAACUCCAGAAAUGGUUACAGCGUGUUUGAGGAUGGAUGUGUGACGAUGCAGCAGUCACAUGGGCUAAGGGAUUGCCUCAGGUCCUUGUGCUGGCACCCCACACCUAUUCCACUAACACAUCCACAAUGGAAAAAGCAGCCUCAGCUCACUAACAGCACUGUGCUCAUUAAAAAAGCCACACUUGUACAAUCCAGUCAUCUAUAUUCACAGAUAGCUCAUAUAAUGUAAUAAAUUCAUUUUAUUUUCUUAAAUGUACACAUUAAAUACAUAAUUUCAUGCACAGAAUACAAGAAUUUGCAGGAUGCCAGCAAGUUCAACUAAAAACAGAAAAGAACUGCAACUAAAAACCUGCCAUUAUCCAGGGAACUAUAAACUCUGUAGCCCACAAAGUGCUUACUCUGAAUGAAGUUUAAACCAGGAAGACUUUUUUUUUUUUUUUUUAAUUAAAAG